AGAGGCUCCUCCAUUAUGAUACGCCGACCAGCAGCCUCUCGUGGCGUCCACCGAUCGAGUCCAAUAGGCGUCAUCAAGGCCCCUGGAUCCAAUAAGAAUACUCCUCCUAGGGGGGCUGCUGCCCAGAAGGGUGGAGGUGGUGGCGGUUUGGCAUUGCCUUUGCAGAAAAAGUUCGGUCAGCAUCUUCUGAAGAACCCAGGGAUCCUAGAUAAGAUCAUUGAAGCUAGUGAUAUCAAGAGCACUGACACUGUUCUUGAGAUCGGCCCUGGUACUGGUAAUCUGACCAUGCGCCUACUGGAGCUAGCUAAGAAGGUAGUGGCCUUGGAGAUUGAUCCUCGUAUGGCCGCUGAGGUUAAGAAGCGAGCACAGACGGCGGGUCGGAUGAAUUUGAAGGUCAUUGAGGGCGAUGCCUUGAAGACGGCCUUCCCAGUUUUCGACGUUUGCGUGGCCAACUUGCCCUAUCAGAUCUCAAGCCCGUUCACCUUCAAGCUGUUGGCCCAUAGGCCUGUCUUCAGAUGCGGGGUUAUCAUGUUCCAGAAGGAGUUUGGUGAGCGCCUCGUUGCCAGAGUGGGGGAGGAGAACUAUGGGCGAUUAGCGAUCAACUGCCAGCUCUUCUCGAAGGUUACUCGAGUAUGUAAUGUCUCUAAGGGAAGCUUCAACCCUCCACCCGAGGUGGACUCGAUGAUCGUGAAAUUUGUGCUCCAUAAGGACCCAAUCAAUGUGGACUUCCCGGAAUUCGACGGUCUCCUACGAAUUGCCUUCACCCGCAAGAACAAGACGCUGCACUCAUCAUUCAUGAACAAGGCUGUGAUCAAGGUCCUUGAGGAUAACUACAAGACUUACUGUUCUCUGCAUAACCAGCCAGUCCAACAUCAAGGGCCGACGUUCAAGGCCCAUGUGGAGAACACUUUGAAGGCGUCAGGACUGGCAGAGUCACGCGCCAUAAAAAUAGACAUCGAUCAGUACCUGGCCUUACUACUGGAGUUCCAUCGUAACGGCAUUCACUUCGUGAACGUAUCGGAUCCCUCGAGCACCAACAAGGCUGAUGCUGAGGCUUUCUCGAUGGAAGUUGACUCCUGAGUUACAUCGCUAGUCGCUGC